UUCGACGCCAGCUGCGGCCCGGCCGCCGACUAAACAUGGACUCCGCCGGCCAAGUUCCCUGACCAGGGACUGAACGCGGGCACUCGGCAGUGAAGGCGCAGAGUCCUAACCACUGGACUGCCAGAUAUCAACCUGAAUUCUCCUAACAAAGGUCUGCUCUCCGACUCCAUGACGGACGUCCCUGUCGACACAGCGGUGGCCACCCAGGCUCCUGCUGUUGAGGGUCUGACAGAUGCUGAGGCGGAGGAGCUCAGGGCUGAGCUUGCAAAGGUGGAGGAGGAGGUUGUCACUCUGCGCCAGGUGCUGGCAGCCAAGGAGAGGCACUGUGGAGAGCUGAAGAGGAGGCUGGGCCUUUCUGCCUUGGAGGGCCUGAAGCAGAACCUGUCCAGGGGUUGGCAUGAUGUGCAGGUCUCUAACGCCUACGUGAAAACUUCUGAGAAACUUGGAGAGUGGAAUGAGAAAGUGACCCAGUCGGACCUCUACAAGAAGACCCAGGAAACCCUCUCUCAGGCAGGACAGAAGACCUCAGCAGCCCUGUCCACCAUGGGCUCUGCCAUCAGCCGGAAGCUUGGGGACAUGAGGAAUUCUGCCACCUUCAAGUCAUUUGAGGACCGAGUUGGGACCAUAAAGACUAAGGUUGUCAGUGGCAGAGAGAAUGGCAGUGACAACCUUCCCUCCCCGACCGGGAGUGGAGACAGACCCCUGCCCGAUCACACGCCCUUCUAAGCCUGUAGCGGCUUUGCCCGGCCACGGCACAAGCACACCCUCAUCACCACAACUGCAACCUCAAGCGGCGGGUGUUGAGGACAAUCACGCCAUCCCCGUGGAGACGUGGCUGCCGCGCUCGCAUGGGUCAGAGAACAUGUCUUGUACACAGAUGCCUCCUCUUCUGUCGGUAGAUCAGCAAAUCACUGCGCCGUCCUGCCUCGGAGCAGGAAGCGGGCAGGGUGGCGGGUCCCAGGGUGUGAGCCAAAGCCAAGCUCCUGUUGGGAGUCUUGUUAGUUGAUCAGCAUGUUGAAAGCGGGGUGGGGGUGGGGGGAAGAGCGAUAAGUAUAAAAUGCGUGGUGUUUUCUAAACUCCUUCCCUAAGUCGCAGAAGGAAGAGUCAUCCAGAAAGCCCUGCCGGAUCUGCAGUUUUAUUUCAAAAUGCUAAACAGGAAAACUACCCAUUUUCUGAGACCUUCCAGAAAGCUGAUUAUCAGCAGAUGCCUAAUCAUUACUCUAAUGAUCUAGCUUUAACAAAAGCAAAUUCUUUAUUUUUUAAAUGCAGCAGGUUUUUCAAAAAGUAAAACUAAGCAAAGCAGCUUUAGCCUCACAGUUAGAAAAUAUUAUUCCUUUGGACUCAAGCUGAAGUGCACACCUUAUAUCGCCUUAUGUUUUAUUUGUUUAUAAUGUUUUUAUAUAUAUGUAAACGAGGGUUCUUCAGUGGAUUUUGAGCACUAUGUAAAAUCCUGCAUCCAGCCGAGGGGCAGCACCUCUGUGCCAGUGGUGUGUUUUAUUUCACGAGUGCAUUCCAUCCCCAUAUAGAAAACUGGCUUCUCUCUCCUCUCAGUGACCGGCGCAGCUCCUGCUGGCCGAUGGGGGUGGGAGAAAGAAAGACCAGCACCUUCACAGAGGGCUGGCGCUGCCCCUGUGCAAGCUGGGCCUGGCUGGCACGUCGCCGAUCAGCGGCUCCAACCUGCGUGUGUGGCACAUGCCAGGGCCAGCGAGCAGCAGGCAGACCCGCAGGUAGGUCAGGGCCAGGGCGUCGGGUCAGCUGGGACUCUGCUGUUGCCUUUUCUCAGGAGCUACAAAGAUCUCUCUCCGCUCCGAUGCUGCCACAGCCCAGCAGCCUCUCACCCAGGGCCCCACGUCUGGCGCGCCUGGAGGGGCAGCUCUGUGCCUUACAGGCUCUUAGCGGGCAGAGACCUCGCCUGCAUCUGUGCACUCUCGAAGGGGAGGAGCCGUCAGCUCAGUGUCUUCUCUGGUCGACCGUGAUGUGCUGUCUGGUACCUGAGUGUCUGCUGGUCACUUCAGACACACAGGGGGGUGGGGUGGCUGCAGUCCACACUCGUGCCUUGGGAGGAACGCUGCUCUGUGCUCUUUCCCCAGGGUUGGAAUCUCUCAGAUGGGGUGUGAUGGGAAGGCAGGAUGCAGGUGUAAUAACUGAUUUAUCUUUUCCUUAAAGUAGAGAACGGGUGAUUUGUCAAUAAAGCAUUCCUUUGGGGGAAAACCCACUUAA